GCACCACUGAAGAAGAACAGACUGAGGAAGCGGUGUGACGUGAUACCGGAGCCCUGCGUGUACUUCCUGUUACCUCCUGUGUACUUCCUGUGACCUCUGACCUUGACGAUGGUGCUGCGAGAGGUCCCGGCGGAAAACAUCGCCCGUCCUCUGGGCAGGAACGAGGUCAUCGGCCUGCUCUUCCGCCUCACCAUCUUCGGCGCCGUCACCUACUUCACCAUCAAGUGGAUGGUGGACGCCAUCGACCCCACCAGGAAGCAGAAGGUCGAGGCGCAGAAACAGGCAGAGAAGCUGAUGCGUCAGAUCGGGGUGAAAAACGUGAAGUUGUCAGAGUACGAGAUGAGCAUCGCGGCGCACCUGGUGGACCCGCUCAGCAUGCAG